UUGGUGUCCUUAUCUCGCAGGAUCUCUAUCCUGCCUUAACGAGGCACUUGACCUCCCUCGACGCUCCUCUACUCCCCGAGUGACGCAAAAAAAGUGGGCUGGCAGAGCGCUAAGAGCAGGAGUUUAGAGGACUAAACAUCACUACUCAAGCAGACUUCAUUUAGGGAAGCCUAUAGGUAAGAAGCCGUCUGUCUUAUCUCGGAUGUUCUCUCAAUGAAACUCCUCGUUGGCGGAGACACCGGCAUGAACGCGGAUGUAUUCGAGAGCGAAAGAGCUGACUUUUCUUCAAACUUGUAGCAACCAGCGUUCCCUGCCUGUCAGUGACUUUAGAGCUUGAUGAAACUUUUUUUUUUUCUUGAAUGAGGCUGGCACAUCUGGACGCAGGGCUGUCGGAGCUGUCAAGUCCAGCGCAAACUUUUAGACGGACGUGACUUUGGUUUAUUCAUCCCCAAACUUAGAAGAGUAGUACUGGAACCAGUUUGAAUUGAAAGCUCCUCCUAUCAUUUUUGCAACUUUUAUUUACUUUUUAUUGUUAUUAUUGAGCGCAAACAUGGAACACUCAGUCCUCAGACUGACAUGCGUUUUGGUGGUUAUCUGUCUGCUGGAUAAAAGGGUGGAUUCCAAUGAGAUCUUAGGUCUGAAGCUUCACAACAUCGAACCCAUCCUGAAUGCCAACACAGUUUGUAUGACACUACCUGGUUUGACGAGACGCCAGCUGGAGGUGUGCAUGCGCAAUCCGGAUGUGACGGCUUCGGCAAUCCAGGGGAUCCAGAUCGCCAUCCACGAGUGCCAGCACCAAUUCAGAGGGCACCGCUGGAACUGCUCCAGCCUGGAGACAAGGAACAAAAUCCCCUACGACAGCAUAGUCUUUAAAAGAGGUUUUCGAGAGAGUGCCUUUGCAUAUGCGAUCGCAGCAGCUGGGGUGGUGCACGCGGUGGCCAAUGCCUGCUCCAUGGGAAAACUGAAAGCAUGUGGCUGUGAUGAGAAGCGGCGCGGGGACGAGGAGGCAUUUCGACUCAAGCUCAGCCGCUUACAGCUGGAGGCCAUCCAGAGAGGGAAAGGGAUGGUUCACGGUGUGAUGGAGCACUACCCCGCUGAGCUCUCCGGACUGCAGCCAGACUCCUGGGAGUGGGGUGGCUGCAGCCCUGAUGUGGAAUUCGGGGAAAAGUUCUCAAGGGACUUCCUGGAUGCCCGCGAAACCUACAGAGACAUCCAUGCAAGAAUGAGGUUGCAUAAUAAUAAAGUUGGGAGGCAGGUGGUGCUUGACAACAUGAGAAGGAAAUGCAAGUGCCACGGGACGUCAGGGAGCUGCCAGCUCAAGACUUGCUGGCAAGUCACUCCAGAGUUUCGGCUGGUGGGUUCAAUCCUAAAAGAGCGUUUCCACAUUGCCACCCUUAUCAAAGCUCAAAACAGGAAUAACGGCCAGCUGGACCAUUCGAACCAUAAUAACCACAACAACCACAACCACCAUCACAGUCAUCGAGAGAACCACCACUCACAUCGCCGGCGACUUAACAUCAGGGAGCUAGUGUAUUUUGAGAAGUCGCCUGAUUUCUGUGACAGGGACCUUACCUCAGACUCGGCGGGCACACAGGGCCGGAUCUGCAACAAGACUAGUCCAGGGAUGGACAACUGUGAGAGCCUGUGCUGUGGGAGGGGCCACAACAUCCUGCAGCAGACGCGUAGCGAACGCUGCAACUGCAAGUUUCAUUGGUGCUGCUACGUGGUCUGUGAAGAGUGCAGGAUAACAGAGUGGGUCAGCGUAUGCAAAUGAAGAAAAACACAUUAAAAGUCACCAGACUUAAGAAUUAAAAGACAGACAAAUGCCCCAAUGUUUUUUGUCAUGGACUGCAGUUUUUUUGUUGCAGAGAAGUCAUGGAAGGACAGUGUGACGCAUUUGAUGUGGCAAACGGAAACCUGUGUUGGUCGGUGUAGAGCGUGCACAUGCAGGAGGUGCUUGGAGCUGCCACACACCACCCUUCUUUGGAGACUAUGGAACAUAGUCAUAACUCAGCCUGACUUAGCAAAGAGGAUUGCUUCAGAAAGAAAGUAACAUUUCUUCUUAGCUUUAUUGGUAUAAGAUCUAUUUGAAAUUCUGAUUUGCUUUGUAUAUUUUAAACAAUUCAUACACUAAGCAGUACAAUCAGUAACUGAUGGCAUUGCUUGAAUCCAGCCAUUUUCAUGUCGCUGGAGCACUAUCUAUACACACAAGUGUAGAAAUUUAACAGAUUUAUUUCAAAACAA